GGCGCCAUUGGAGGAGACGGCAAAUAAGCUUUUGCGCAGUAGCCGAUCGGAUUCUCGCCCUAGCAAGGAAGAGCAAUGGCGGCGUCUACGCUUCCUCUGGACGACGAUGACGAUGAAUUCGAUUGGGAGGCUGCCGUUCAGGAGAUCGAAAAUGCAUGCGAGCUCGCCUCCUCGUCAGUAUCCAUCUCGAACGCGCAAGGUUUUGCUACCCCGGUUGCGAUGACAGCUCCGUCUAUUUUCCGGCCCGGUGGCGGCAAGGGCAGGCAGUCUACGCUCGAUCGAUUUAUUAUGGAUUCUGACGCCACAAAGCGUCCUAGGAUUGACAGGUCAGGUGUUCAAGCGAAGGAGGUGGAGCAGAAUCUCGUAGGCGGAGAUGAAGGGAUUUCUGUCAAGAUCGAUAUUGAAGCCGCCAAAACCUGGAUUUAUCCCGUAAAUGUGCCUCUACGUGAUUACCAGCUUUCUAUUACAAGGAUUGCUCUAUUUUCAAACACAUUAGUAGUAUUGCCAACAGGGCUUGGUAAAACUCUCAUUGCUGCUGUUGUGAUGUAUAACUACUUCAGAUGGUUUCCUGAAGGAAAAAUCGUAUUUACUGCCCCUUCACGACCUCUUGUUAUGCAACAGAUUGAAGCUUGCCAUAAUAUUGUUGGGAUACCACAGGAAUGGACAAUUGAUAUGACAGGUCAGGUGAACCCUGCUAAACGAGCAAAUUUAUGGAAAAUCAAGAGAGUAUUCUUUGUCACCCCGCAAGUGCUUGAAAAAGACAUUCAAUCAGGCAAAUGUUUGGUGAAACAACUUGUUUGUUUGGUGAUUGAUGAAGCUCACCGGGCUUUGGGAAACUAUUCAUACUGUGUAGCAGUUCGUGAGUUGAUGACAGUUCCUGUGCAGUUAAGAAUUCUAGCAUUGACAGCAACACCUGGAUCAAAACAGCCGACUAUCCAAAAUGUCAUCGAUAACUUACAUAUUUCUGCUAUGGAAUACCGUAAAGAGAGUGACCAUGAUGUAAGCCCAUAUGUGCAUAACAGGAAACUUGAAUUAAUAAAGGUUCCAAUGAGCGAGGAUGCAAGUGCAAUCAAUAAUUUGCUAUUGAAAGUUAUACAGCCAUAUUUUGCCUGGCUCUCUACCAUUGGCGUGAUGAUGCUAAGUGUAGAUGUUUCAAAAUUGAGUCCUUGUGUAUUACUUAAUUUAAGGGAUAAAUUUCGUCAAGCACCACCAACAAGCCUUCCUCCCAGCAGAUAUGGAGAAGUAGAAGGAUGCUUUGGAGUUAUGAUUACACUUUGCUACAUAGUCAAGUUGCUUUCAAGCCAUGGUAUAAAACCAGCUUAUGAUAUGCUUGAAGAAAAACUGAAGCAAGUAUCAUUUGGUCGAAUGAUGUCCAGAAAUGAAAACAUUUCCAAAGUGAUGCAUUUGAUGCAGCGGAGCUUGUCUCAUGGUGCACCAAAUCCAAAGUUAAUGAAAAUGACAGAGAUUUUGAUGGAUCAUUUCAAGAAAAAUGAUCCAAAAAAUUCAAGAGUGAUCAUCUUCUCAAAUUUCAGAGGGAGUGUCAAGGAUAUAAUGAACUGUUUAUCCAAUCUUGGUGACCUUGUUAGGGCUACUGAGUUUGUCGGUCAAAACUCAGAUAAAACACUAAAAGGACAAUCUCAAAAAAUCCAACAAGCAGUUUUACAGAAAUUUCGAAGCGGGGGAUACAAUGCAAUUGUUGCAACAUCAAUAGGCGAAGAAGGUUUAGAUAUUAUGGAAGUUGAUCUUGUUAUAUGCUUUGAUGCAAAUAUUUCACCAUUGAGAAUGAUCCAGCGCAUGGGAAGAACUGGAAGAAAGCAUGAUGGAAGAGUGGUAGUUCUAGCUUGUGAAGGACCUGAGCUCAAGGGAUACUUGAGUAAACAGUCUAGUGGAAUUGCGGUUAGGAAGCAUAUGCAUAAUGGUGGAAUUAACAGCUUCAACUUCCAUUCUAGCCCUAGAAUGGUUCCACAUAUUUAUAAGCCCGAGGUGGAAUUUGUUGAAUUGACAAUACAACAAUUUAUCCCCCGAGGGAAGACAUUCAAAGAAGAUGCCUCAAAUUCAUCCCCCCUUCUGAACAGCAUAUCAAAAGAAGAGAAUUCUCUGAUUGCUAGAUAUUUUGGUUCUUCUGGAAUUAAUACAUGGAAACCAUCUCUGAUUGCCUUCCCUGGCUUCCAGUGUUUUCCAUCUAGAAUACAUACAGUAAGACACUCAUUCAAGACAACUGCGAUGCUCAUUGAUACUAUGCAAAAUCUAGGAGAACUAUCAUUUACCAAAUCCAAGAAAGAUUUGGUCAUUGAGGACUCAAUAAAAAAUCAUUCUGAUCCUGGUAUACUCACUAAACCGAAAGCUAUGCAAGAUUCCGCUAAAGAUUGUAGUGAUGAUAAUAUUGGCAUCUCAAAAAAAUUGCUCCUUGGUGGGAUUUGUGAUGUAGAACCACCAAGUUGUGAAACUCCUCGACGAAAAGACUUGCAUGGUGUCACCAUCUGUAGACCUCAUAAUUACCUUUUUGGGGGAAAUUUCAUAUCAGUAAAUGCUUUAGGUGGUGUUUCUGUACCCUAUGUGCCUUCCCUUCCGCUUGUUCACUCUGUAAUUUCAGAUAUUCUUCAAAGCGGAAGCAAGAAAGACUUAGUUUCAGAUAAUAUUGAUGAUGCAUCUGAGAUUAUCACAAAAAAGAAUGAAGCUACAGCAACAAUGCUACAUGAUUCUUUAUGUUUAAAAAAUGCUUUAGAACUAGCAGAUGCCACUAAGUGCUCAUCUGAUCGAAUUAAUCCAGGACCUUGUUCACCUAAUGACGGUUUACAAGAAGAAUAUGAGCAAAUGGAAUUAGUAUUUCAGACACCAGUUCAUGCACAAUGUGCUAAACUUACAGAAGGAGGUGUUGCUGAGACACCCGGUGACAGUGUCAAAGAAUGUAUCUCUUUAAUGGUGGGCGAGUCUAGCAAAAACCCAAGUCCUAUGGAGCUUAGCCCUAGACUUACUCAUUUUAUUGAGGAAGGCAUUGUUCCCGAGUCACCUAUUGCUAAAUGUAAAGCGGAUAAUUCUUUUCAUGCUAGCAAGAUACCAGAAGAUGAGCUAGUUGACAUGCUUCAGAAGAAAGUCUGGGAUCACAUGGAAUCAUUUUCAACAAUGUCUCACAAUGUAUUUCAACGAGACCCACAUGAAUUCACUUCUAAUUCUACUAAUGUCGCCAAUCCUAUAGGUAAAACAGAAUCACACAAUAUCAAAGAAACUGAUAUUAACAGCAAAAGGAAAGCAUCAGCUUCCCCUUUGACAGCAGAGCAAAGUCCUAUGGCUAAUCAAUUAACUAACAGCUCUACAGAUGAUCGGCAAAUGAGCUCUGGGGCAAACUCAGUUACUCAAGCACCUAAGUAUAGAAGGUUGUGCAAGUAUGGUGACAAAAUCAAGAAGUUAUCUUGCCAAAAUUUGGCUGACAAAUACAAUUGUUCUGUUUCAAAGGACACUGGACUUACUACAUUGACUAAAUCAAAGUUGGUCAACUGUCACAAAGGUAGAAAAAAUAAGUCAAAAAGAUGCCCUGGCAACUUCAUUGAAGAGGAAGCUGAGGUAUCUGAGGAUGCACAAGUUUCUGAAGAUGAGGUAGAUGAUGAACAAAAUGAAAAAUAUGAAGACAGCUUCAUAGAUGACAGGAUAAAUCCCACUGAAGAGAACACUCAGGCAGAAAAUGGAGGUGACAUGGUCACCUUUUAUAGGCGUUCUCUUCUGACCCAAUCACCCAUGGAGAUUGUACCUAAAUGUUUGGUUGACUCAGUUUCCUCUAUAGCUAGUAAAAGUCGAAGCUAUUCUUCGGAGGGAAUUUAUAUGUCCCUUCAGACUCCCCAAAAUGGCCUACAAUCUUUAAAUGUUUCUGGUGGUGUACAUUCUGCAACCUGCCAUGCAGGUUCUAAGCAGGGUAAUCUGGUAACAAGUCGCAGUGAACAGAGUUGCAUGCUGAGAGAGACCUCAAGCAGACUGGAAGACAGAAAAAAGAAAUUAACUUUCCAGAACGCUUGUUCAAUACCAACAGAAAGCUUCCAACAAGAUAUUUCACAUUUAGAGCUCUCUGCCGUGGACUUUACACAUAACCAAGUUGGCAGUGACCUUUUCUGUGAUGACGAGUUUUAUCAGAGUAUUGAUCUUGAUGCUAUCGAGGCACAAGCUACCGAGCUCUUAAAAAACAAGUCUAGACUACCGGAAGAUGCAACACCAGCAUUGAGCCUCAACACUCCUUCAGAAAUCAAUGAAGUUCCCCAUGUGAAUCAAUUCAGUCAUCCUUCAUUUGACUUAGGAUUGUAGUUGUCUAUGUUUUUGCCUUUUCAGAUUGGAUGGUCGUUUGCACACAUCCCUCUGGGCGCUGCACAGUUCUUAGUUCUAAUUUCAAAAGUUUAUGCGGCUGGGACUUGAUUCAGGAACAGAAGUAUCAUCCAGGAUGGAAAAAUGCCUUACUGGCAAUCAAGUUGCCUUUUGACUGCCGAGCUUUAAAAGACAGCAACCAACUCUCAUCCGUGAAUGCAGCAGUGGUGUUGGUUGCGCGCAACUACAGCCAUUGAGUAAUUGGGGAAAUCAACAUGUAAUGUACAGCUUAUGCCCAGAAAAAAAGAAAAAGCAGGUGAAAUAGAAUAUUUUGUAUAUGCAUGCGCCAAUGGCUACUGGGAAAAAAAAAGGGUUUAGUAUGCUGUACUUACUGCU